AUGGAGCACAUCUUGAAGAGCGACCAGAACCUAGAGUUGAUCCGAAUUCACAAGAAACAUGGCCACUUCGUCAGAGUAUCAUAUGACGAGGUCAGCGUUAGCCACCUUGAUGCAAUCAAGAAGGUUCUUCUUGCGCCCCUUCAAGCUUGCAUCAAGGAAGCACUGGUGUCUGUUAGCCCCUGGGUGAUUCAUUACUCGAAGGAACUUUGGGGUCCCAACGCUUCCAAGUUCAACCCUGAUUGCUGGCUUGAAGUUGACGCCACCUUUAAAGAUAAAUAUUGGAUUCCUUUCGGUGCGGGUCAUGGCUCAUGCCCAAGGCACAACGUUGCCAAGAUUGAGCUGUCUAAGAUCACGGCGACAUUUGUUCGUAGUUACGACAUCCGACAGGUCCACAAGGAGCAGGAUCGGCAGUAG